AGACCCUGCCCUUUAAAAGGGACUUUUUUUCCUUGCUCCUGCGAAAGGCCCCCAGCCAUGGCCCCCAGGAGGUCCCUAGAACCCGCAGGGACUACCCCCCAUCCUGGCCGCUGGGCCCCGCCCUCUGCAUCCCUCGGACAGCCAGCGUGAAACGGCCUCCCUCAGCCCCCGGCCCCACCCCCAUGGAGGAGGAGGAAGAGGGGCCGGCCAAAGAGUGGGGUACCACCCCCACCGGGCCCGUCUGGACCGCGGUAUUCGACUACGAGGCGGCAGGCGACGAGGAGCUGACGCUGCGGAGGGGCGACCGCGUCCAGGUGCUUUCCCAGGACUUUGCUGUGUCUGGCGACGAGGGCUGGUGGACCGGGCAGCUACCCAGCGGACGUGUAGGCGUCUUCCCCAGCAACUACGUGGCCCCCGGAGCACCUGCCGCGGGCCUCCAGCUGCCUCAGGAGAUCCCCUUCCAUGAGCUGCAGCUAGAGGAAAUCAUCGGUGUGGGAGGCUUUGGCAAGGUCUAUCGGGCCCUGUGGCGGGGGGUGGAGGUGGCUGUCAAGGCCGCCAGGCUGGACCCUGAGCGGGACCCGGCAGUCACAGCAGAGCAGGUGCGCCAGGAGGCCCGGCUUUUCGGCGCCCUGCAGCACCCCAACAUCAUUGCCCUUAGGGGUGCCUGCCUCAACCCCCCACACCUCUGCCUAGUGAUGGAAUAUGCCCGUGGGGGUGCACUGAGCAGGGUGCUGGCAGGUCGCCGGGUGCCCCCUCAUGUGCUGGUCAACUGGGCCGUGCAGGUGGCGCGGGGCAUGAACUACCUACACAAUGAUGCCCCUGUGCCCAUCAUCCACCGUGACCUCAAGUCCAUCAACAUUCUUAUUUUGGAGGCCAUCGAGAACCACAACCUCACAGACACGGUGCUCAAGAUCACAGACUUCGGCCUCGCCCGCGAGUGGCACAAGACCACCAAGAUGAGUGCAGCAGGGACGUAUGCCUGGAUGGCACCGGAGGUCAUCCGUCUCUCCCUCUUCUCCAAAAGCAGUGAUGUCUGGAGCUUCGGGGUGCUGCUCUGGGAGCUGCUGACGGGUGAGGUCCCCUACCGUGAAAUCGACGCCUUGGCUGUGGCAUAUGGCGUGGCUAUGAACAAGCUGACGCUGCCCAUCCCCUCCACGUGCCCCGAGCCCUUUGCCCGCCUACUGGAGGAAUGCUGGGACCCAGACCCUCAUGGGCGGCCAGAUUUUGGCAGCAUCUUGAAGCGGCUCGAGGUCAUCGAACAGUCAGCUCUAUUCCAGAUGCCACUGGAGUCUUUCCACUCCCUCCAGGAAGACUGGAAGCUGGAGAUUCAGCACAUGUUUGAUGACCUCCGGACUAAGGAGAAGGAGCUCCGUAGCCGGGAGGAGGAGCUGCUUCGGGCAGCCCAGGAGCAACGCUUCCAGGAGGAGCAGCUGCGGCGGAGGGAACAAGAGCUGGCAGAACGUGAGAUGGACAUCGUGGAGCGUGAGCUGCACCUGCUCAUGUGCCAGCUGAGCCAGGAAAAGCCCAGGGUUCGCAAGCGCAAGGGCAACUUCAAGCGCAGCCGCCUGCUCAAGCUGCGUGAAGGCAGCAGCCACAUCAGCCUGCCCUCUGGCUUUGAGCAUAAGAUCACAGUUCAGGCCUCUCCAACCCUGGACAAGCGGAAAGGAUCCGAUGGGGCCAGCCCUCCUGCAAGCCCCAGCAUCAUCCCCCGGCUGAGAGCCAUUCGCUUGACUCCUGUGGACUGUGGUGGCAGCAGCAGUGGCAGCAGCAGUGGUGGCAGUGGGACAUGGGGGCGCAGUGGGCCCCCAAAGAAAGAAGAACUGGUUGGGGGCAAGAAGAAGGGCCGGACAUGGGGGCCCAGCUCUACCCUGCAGAAGGAGAGGUCUGGAGGAGAAGAGAGGCUGAAGGCCCUGGGGGAAGGAAGCAAACAGUGGUCAUCAAGCGCCCCCAACCUGGGCAAAUCCCCCAAACACACACCCAUCGCCCCUGGCUUUGCCAGCCUCAAUGAGAUGGAGGAGUUCGCAGAGGUGGAUGGAGGCAUCAGCGUGCCCCCUUCCCCCUACACGGCCUCGUCCUACCUCACGGUGCCGCUGCCCACCGAGCCCUCCCCUGGGGCACGGGCACCGUGGGAGCCGGCGCCGGCUGCGCCCCCAUCCCGGGUGGGCCACGGUGCACGGCGGCGCUGCGAUUUGGCGCUGCUGAGCUGCGCCACGCUGCUGGGUGCCGUGGGCCUGGGCGGUGAUGUGGCAGAGGCGCGCACUGCAGACUGCGAGGAGCAGCGGCGCUGGCUCGAUGGCCUCUUCUUCCCCCGCGCUGGCCGCUUCCCGCGGGGCCUUAGCCCUCCUGGACGCGACCUAGGCCACCGAGAUGACCCGGUCCCCGGCCCGGGCCUGGCGCCUUCAGCCACCCUGGUGUCACUGUCGUCCGUGUCCGACUGCAACUCCACGCGUUCGCUGCUGCGCUCUGACAGCGACGAGGCUGGACCGGCUGCUCGUUCCCCGCCACCUUCCCCGCCAGUGGCCUCACCGGGCACCAACCCCCUUGUGGACCUGGAACUGGAGAGUUUCAAGAAGGACCCCCGCCAGUCGCUCACGCCCACCCAUGUCACCGCCGCACGCCCCGUGAGCCGUGGGCACCGACGGACACCCUCAGAUGGGGCUCUGGGGCAGCGAGGGCCACCUGAGCCCACAGGCCAUAGCCCCGGCCCUCUAGACCCCCUGGACUUCCCCCGCCUGCCUGACCCCCAGACCCUGUUCCCAACCCGACGGCGGUUCCCUGAGUUCCCAGGUCGCCCCACUACCCUGACCUUCGCCCCCAGGCCCCGGCCAGCCGCCAGCCGCCCCCGCCUGGACCCCUGGAAACUGGUCUCCUUCAGCCGGCCGCUCAGCAUCUCUCCUCCUAGCAGGCCAGACACUCCAGAGAGUCCUGGGCCCCCUAGCACGCAACCCACACUGCUGGACAUGGACAUGGAGGGGCAGAGCCAGGACAACACAGUGCCCUUGUGUGGGGCCCACAGCUCCCACUGAGGCCUGCCUGCCACAGCCCGCCUGGGCAGCCAUGAAUGUAAUGUCCCAGGCCCUGUGCCACCCACCAUGCCACAAGGUGGGGGAGGCCCUGGGCAGGAUACUAUUUAUUGGGGGAAGGGGGGGACACUUAAUUUAUUCCUUUGUACCCCAGGGGGUAGAGCCCUGUGCCCGCCCUGCAGUGGGAGGAGAGUGGGCAGGGCUACUCAGGGACAGAGCAUCAUGGGGGGUUUGGCACAAUAUACAGCAUUAAAGGUAAUCCCUGCCCCUACCGGUAGCGCUUGGCUGUGUGUCUACCCCUGGCCAUGGCUCUGUGCUGUGUCACCCCAGUGAGAUACCCACUACCCCACACUCCCUUCCUGGGCCUCUCUGGUUUCUAAGGCCCAGGGGCAUGUCCCCCUUCCGGAUCCCCACAAGAACACCAUACACUAGGACCAGCAGAUAGUAUAAUGGUUACAUCACUG